AUGACGCUUAAAUCAAGUGCAAUCAUCGAGGCCACCAUUCUCGUUGUUAUAUGUGUAGCGUCUGUUUUUGUAAAUAUCAUUUUGUUUGUGAUACUCUUGAGGAAGAGACCCCUUCGCACCAUCUCCAAUGGUUUUCUUCUCAAUCUCACAUUUGCUGAUUUACUCGUGUCUCUCUUAAAUAUGCCUAUAACUGUGGUCACCAUUAUCAACGAAAGUUGGAUUUUUGGAGAUACUGCCUGCGUUUUCUUCGGAUUCAUCACGAUGCUUUCGUUUGUUUCAUCAGUGAUGUCCCUGGCUAUGAUAGCUAUCAAUAGAUAUUAUUACGUGGUGCAAUGGAAAAACUACUCAUCUAAUUUUACGCCAAGAAAAUCCCUCCUGUUCGUGGGAAGCGUGUGGAUAACAUCUGUGUCAUUAUCCAUUCCACCACUGUUAGGCUGGGGAAAAUAUGAUUUUAUUUCUGGGAAAUCUUUCUGUUUCGUAUUCUGGCCAUCUGAUGUUUACUAUAUGUAUUUUAUGCUUAUUAUAUGCUUCUUCGGCCCUCUAACUGUUAUAUGUAUAACAUAUAUCAAAAUUCUAAAAUUUACCAGGCGAGCUAAGCAGCAGAUGCAUCGACAUAGGGAAAACAACGUGAUCGAGGAUGCGAGUCAAAAAAUGGAGGAAAACAGAAGACGUAUAGGAACUUCUCAAGAGGAAGUCAAAAUCACCAAUACUUUAGUGAUCGUUGUUGCAUGUUUCGUCGGUUGUUGGGCGCCUUUUGCUGUCACCAUGUUUAUAGAUGUCUACUUACCAUCAUCACGCAUCCCAAGAUCAAUUGAUAUCAGCACACUGUUGCUUGGUUAUGCCAACAGCAUGUGCAACCCUGUUGUGUAUGGGAUAAGGAAUCAAACGUUUCGAAGGGAACUUAUUCAAGUCUUUACGAUCUGCCGAAGACCUCAAAGAGUUUCUGUAGGGAACGUACCUUACCCAUCUAAAAGGAGAGCUUCAUCCAAGAUCAGAACUGCAAAGAAAAUGGGAGCGUCUGAAUUACCACACCUCGCCUCAUCAUCCAAAGAGACUGCUUCAUCUUCUCUUUCUUAACAUUUGAAUUUCUCGUCGAAGGAAGGACUCAAGGAGGAAAGAAGCAGAUAAAUUUUACCCAUCCUAAAUGGAAAGCCUGAAUUGCUUAGGGUUAGCAGUAAACAAUGUUUCAUUUUAAAGGGGGUAAGUUUCUAAAGAAUCUGUGGUGCUGCGUCGGUAAAGGAGCCUCAUGACGAGCUUUGCCCUCCAAAAAACUUUAUGCAAAUUAGGCUGCGGCGGAUCUGAGAUCCGUCUGGCAAUUAUUGAUUGUAAUAAAAGAACUGAGUUCGCACCCACAGUACGAUCGAGGAGAUAAUGUAAAUAGACCACCGUGAAGUGUUUAAAAGCUGACGUUUCGAGCGUUAGCCCUUCUUCAGAGCGAAAGGGCUCUGACUUCUUUUAAAUUUUAGUCAAGUAGUUUUAUGAAAAUGAGACCUAAUUCAGUCGCAAAAAUAUUUCUUUUGAAUCGGAGUAAUUUAAAAAAAUCAUUAACUAAUUAAAGUUAUUCAAUAUAAUAAUUCCGAGGAGCACCUGCUCAGCAAGCAUGAGAUAAUGGAGUCUGCCAUGUUUCGUUUACGUAGUGAAAAAGAAUUAUCGAACAUUGACUGAUGGAGAACUUAUCUGCGCUUUUCUAGAACUAUGGGUUCGCCAUCCAUUUUAUUUCUUAUUUUUCUUCCAAAAAUUUUGAAUCGGUGUGUUUUGUAAGAUUAUUCAUUUUCCGAUAGAAACCUACAUGAUGUAAGACAAAGCCGGAACAUAUAUUUUCGAAUUAAUAGAGUUCGAUCGUUUGGAUACAAAGUCGUUUCGAUACAAGUUGAUUCGAUACAAACUGAAGUGGAUUCGAUACAUCGAAAAGGUAGAUUCAUAGAAAGUCUAAUUACUCCUUCACUAGUUUCGAAAUGACUGGAGUUGGUAGAAACGACUCCCUACGUGUAUCGAAUUGACUUAGCAAUAUAUUGAAUGGACUUCAGGGUGUAUUGAAUCGACUUUUAUCGAAACGACACAUAAGUCACAUGAUAAUUGGAUUUACAUAAGACAUGAAUUUAUAUAAGAUAUGGUUUUACAGCUGAAAACUGCAAUGCUGAGCCUGAAACGAUUAUGAUAUUCACCAAGUCUUUUUAGAAAGUCUAUACUUGGUAGGCGGAAAUUACUCGCAAAAACGUCGGAAACAAUUGGCCCAGUUGAAGUGUUUGAAUUUCACAUAAAUCCAAUUAUCAUGUGACGUAUGUGUAUUCAAAGGGGAUCGUUAAUCUUUUAUAAACGACUCAUAAGAUAUGGUUUUGCAUCUGGAGACUGCAAAGCUAGACCUGAAACGAUUAUAUUAUUCACCAAUUAUUUUUAGAAAGUCUUUAUUUGGUGGGCGGAAACUUUGCUCGGUAUCAUAAUCGUGAAUCAACACACUGAGUGUGCAUUCUGACAUAUUUCAAUCAUUCACCGCCCGAAGACACCGCCACGCCAAUAUUUAACUGCCUUAAUGGAAGAUGCUGAAAUAUCCUAUUGUGAGAGAUGGCUAUUCUACCUUACAAAACCAUUCGAAAAUUUUACUUUUUACUGGAUAACAGGUUAAACGAUACAGAAGGAACAAUGUAAUGAAUUACGAAUCAAAUUUAAGAAUCAACCUGAGCAAACCAUCAUUAAUUUUAUUUGGCGCUCAUUUUCAUAUUGCCUUCAUUUACGUCAGCUGGCGACUUGCAUGAAGAAGAUUUAUCUUUAAACACUAACGCUUUGAGUUUAAUGAACGAAAAAUGACUCAAAAGGUGAGCACGAUCAUCGAGGCCAUAGUUCUCAGUUUUAUCUGUGGAGUUUCCUCUUUAGGAAAUGCUACUUUAUUUUUUGUGUUCACUCGAAAGAAGCAUCUUCGCACCAUCUCCAAUGGUUUUCUUCUCAAUCUCGCAUUUGCUGAUUUACUCGUGUCCAUGUUAAACAUGCCUAUAACUGUGGUCACUAUCAUCAAAGAACGUUGGAUUUUUGGAAAUACUGCCUGCGUUUUCUUUGGAUUCAUCACGAUGCUUUCGUUUGUUUCAUCAGUGAUGUCGCUUGCUAUGAUAGCCAUUAACAGAUACUAUUACGUAGUGCAGUGGAAGACAUACUCCAUCACCUUCACAACGAAGAAGUCGGCUUUGUUUGCCGCAGUCGUGUGGUUAAUAUCUGUGUUGUUAUCCGUCCCACCGUUGUUUGGCUGGGCGGAAUAUCGUUAUAUUCCCGGGAAAUCUUACUGCUUCGUUUUCUGGCCUUCUAAUGUUUUUUACAUGUAUUUCAUGAUGGUCAUAUGUUUUUGUGGUCCACUUAUCGCGAUGUCUCUCUCUUACUAUAAUAUCUUAAAGUUUACGAGGGAGGCUGCGCGGCGGGUAAAUCAACAAAGAGGUAACAUUCGUAAAAACGAAGAAUUAGGCACGGAAAGAGAACAUGCGGCCGUAUGCAUUUGGCGUCGUGAAAGAAAUAAAACGGUCUUCAAGAUGUCGCAAGAUGAAAUUAAGCUCACCAAUACUUUAUUAAUUGUUGUUGCCUGUUUCAUGGCUUGUUGGGCACCAUUUGUAAUGACCAUGUUUUUGGACGUUUACUAUUUAAACCCACUUCCAAGAGCGGUAGACGUGGGUACACUGUUGUUAGGUUACGCGAACAGUAUGUGCAACCCAAUGGUGUAUGGAAUAAGGAAUCCAGUUUUUAGGAGAGAACUGGCGAGCUUGUUUUCGUCAUGU